AAGUCCUUCAGAAAUGCGCCGAUGGGGCCGAAACCUGGCCAAAGUGGAGGCCACCAUUGAUCUGACAGGAUCUAUUGAAGUGAGCUCGCAACUUCCAGCCGUUGAAGGCCAAAAGCAGGUCGAAGCUGAGCCAACACAAGGACGCGGAAGUGAAAGCAGCCGAGUCACGGAUCCAAAGUGCGUGUGCACUGUGCCGAUAAAUCCUUCCGUUUCUUUGGGUUUCCAUUCCAAGCUCCGCGCGAAACAGUGCAAGGCCUACCUGGCGCCGGAUGUCCGUGUGCAGCGGAAAGUGCAGGGAGGAGCUUCCGUGAUGGUCUGGUUGAGACCCUUCGAUUUGCGCUUGCACGACCAGCCGGCCUUGUUCCAUGCAGCCCAGACUCGAAAAGCGGUGCACUUGGUAUUUGCUUGGUCCGAUGAGGAGGAUGAAGCUGAGGGGGGAUGGCAGAUAGCAGGCACUGCGGCGGCCUUCUUUUUGCACCAUGCCAUUGCAUCCUUGGAUGCCUCUAUUCAGCAGAGGUUUGGAAACUCCAUCGUGGUCCGCAAGGGUUCCAGUGCAGCCCAAGCAGUGCUGCAGGCUGCUUUAGAUGCUGGGGUGGAGGAGGUCUUUAGUAGUCAUAGCUGUGAACCCUCAGGGAUGGCUGGGCAUUCAGUGGAUCAAUCAGUUCAAGGCGCACUGCAAGAUGUUGGAAUCAAAUUGAGGCUCUUCAAUUCUUUCCUGUUGUACGACAUCAAGCAGAUUCGCAUUGAUCUUGGCACUUACCGCGGACAUUUUGGAACCUUAACACCUUUUCAUCAUGCCUGCAUGGCUCAGCGCGUCGAGAAACCUUUGCCUGAACCACCUGUGCUACCAGCACCUGAGUCGCUGAGAGAUGACGGAUUGACUUCCCUUGGAUUCACAUCUAUGCCAGUCAGGGCUAAUGGGACUGUCUUGAACUGGGGAGCAUCCAUUUUGGAGCAUUGGAACAUCUCUGAAACAGCGGCUCUGGAGAUCUUAAGGAGGUUUCUGUCACCUGGUGGUGGCCUACAGCGCUAUGAGCAAGGGCGACAACUUGCAGAUGCCUCCGCGGUGACACGGAUCUCACCCUACCUGCGUUUUGGCAUGCUCAGCUCCCGUUUCAUGUUCUAUGAGAUGAAAGCAGCUGGAGCCAAAGAGCAGUCCAUCGUCUAUUGGAGACGCUUGGUUUGGCGCGAUUUGGCCUAUUGGCAGCGCAGCAUGUUUCCACAGAUGAGGGACAAGCCCAUCCGGGCCCACUAUGAAGGCCAGUCCUGGAAUGCUGACCCCGUGGCUCUACGACGCUGGCAGACUGGACAAACCGGCUUUCCUUUGGUGGAUGCUGGGAUGCGAGAGCUUUGGACUACUGGAUGGAUGGCACAAAAUGUGAGGAUGGCAGCUGCAAUUCUUCUUUGCGAACAUCUGAACAUUCAUUGGAUUGAGGGUGAGAAGUGGUUUCAUCACACCUUGGUGGAUGCGGAUCAAGCCAUCAAUUCGAUGAUGUGGCAAAAUGCUGGAAAGAGCGGCCUGGACCAAUGGAAUUUCACCAUGAACGCUGCUUCUGCAGGGAAAACUCAGGAUCCCAAAGGGCAUUACAUCCGGCGCUGGUGCCCGGAGCUUUCAAAGCUUCCGGCGCAAUAUGCCCACGCACCCUGGGAAGCGCCCGAACAGGUCUUGAAGGAAGCUGGCGUCUCGUUGGGGCCAAAGGGCACCUACCCGCAUCGCAUCCUGGUGGACUUGUCCACCGCUGCAUGGAAGAGCGCCGAAGCCAUCCGUGAGCAGCGCAAGCGUAGCAGGGACUGGAUCAACGACCAGGGUUACGACUUGAUUGUCAUCCCACGUGGGGCAUCUGUAGCCCAUGAUGGGCAGAAGUUCCGGGUCUUUACCAAACCUGAGUAUCGGAACUCAGGCUCGAGGGGUCACACUGAUGAUGGCAAGGGCAAAGGCAAAAGCCGGAGCAAAGGUCGGGGCAAAGGGCGUCAAAAUUGGGACCGAGAAAGAAUUGACCAGGACUAUGGUCAUGACUGUGCAUCGUCUGGCCAGAAGGUACUGGAUGAGUACAUGAGAGCCUGGGGGGCAUGAUCCUUGGCCCUUGGCACAAGCGCUGUAGGUCACCUUAGGCGCUGUUUGUGAGGAACUCCUCACAGUCUGCGAAUCACAAUUUUCUGACCAGUUUUCAAUGAGCUAGCUUUGUUGCAAGGAAAGCUGUGCUUGUUUCAUUUGUACAGAAACUCGGUGAGAGUAGAACUGUAAUCCUUUCUGCUCUGCGCCUGUUCCCCGCGUACCUGUGUGGUCUCGCCGAAAGGAACAACUCAGUAGCACCGAAAGCAAUGCAUUCUGUUGC